CUCGCUCGACUCGGUGACCGGUGCGGCGGUGCGCGUCUACCGCAGUCAUACGGUUACAUCGGUCCAUACCACCGUUCGUAGUGACGUAGAAAAACGAGUUUAUUGUUUAAUGCUAUACCCAAUACUGGUGUUUAUGUGUUGCCCUACGUACUUUCGCGGCCCGUUUUCCACGUGUGCGUAUUUCGUGCGCUGACGGAGUUGGGUACGACGGUGAUGGCCGACACAACGAUCGCCGGCGGUCGACGACGCGGUAUCGACCGCCGCAGCCGACCAUAUUAUACCGACCGCCGCGGCAUCCGACACGAUACCGACCGCCGCGGCAGCCGUCACGGUGCUGACCGCCGCGGCAACCGUCACGGUGCCGACCGCCGCAAAGGGUUUCAUACCGACCUCGGUGGACCGUUUUCGAACAACGGCGUCCGUUCACAUAAUGAACAUAUAAAUGAUUGUACUACAAAGCCUAACGUUAUUCAAAGAGGUGAAUGCUACCCAUAUCGUCAAACUUAUAAUCAAAAUGAUUCAUUUAAACCAUACAACCGUGGAGAUAUAACUAUUUGGAAAAACUUGGAUAAUAAAACUGGCUUAGUUCAAAAUCAAUCUAGAAAUAAUAUUCAUCAAAAGAAUCGUAGCCGUGGUGGUUAUAACAACUUUAAAAACUCAUCAUGCACUGUGACAGAAAGUAUAACUGAUGUUCUGGUUUUCAAGGUGACAAAUGCUGAAGAAUUUGAUGAAGUAUUGAAAAAAAUUAAAAUCCAUAUAUCACCAGUAUCAUUUUAUCCAUACAAUGUACCUAUGCUAUUUUAAUAUUAAUUACCCUUUCCAAUAUUUCUGUUC